AUGCCGGCUGAGCGCUGCCCCUUGUGCUCGCGGCGCUUUUGCUUGAAGUCGGUGGACCGCCACAUAGAAGUUUGCAGACAGAGGCAGAAGGAGAUGGGACACAGGCUGCCGCAGCAGGCCCAGCCAGCAGCAGCAGCAGCAGCAGCAGCAGCAGCAGCAGCAGCAGCAGCAGCGGCAGCGGCUGGGGGGGGCCUGCAAAGGCAGGCCUCGAAGGCCCCAGCCAGGCGAGGCCGCAGCGCUGGGGGGCCUGCAGGCGCUCAGCCUCUCGCGCUCCCCAGCAGCAGCAGCAGCAGCAGCAGCAGCAGCAGCAGCAGCAGCAGCAGCGAUCAAAGACUGGCAGCCAUGGGACAGCUAGCUGCUGCGGGGUCCAGUGCGCGCCUGCAACAGAAGCACAGAAGGCAGCAAGUGCUGCAGCAGCAGCAGCAGCAGCAGCAGCAGCAGCAGCAUGGCGGCUUCUGUACACGCACAAGCCUCAAACAGCAGUUGAAAACGCACUCCUUUUCAUGCGAUAGCUACAGGCAGGAAGUGCAGUUGCAGCAGCAGCUAGAGUGCCUUGGGGAGCCUGCCCUAACUGCGUUGCUGCCCGACGUAUUUGCUGCUGCUGCUGCUGCUGCGCGCCGCAUAGUUGCUGCAAAACUCUGCGAGCAGCACCAGCGGCAGCAGCGGCAGCAGCAGCUGCUGCUGCUCAAGCCAGAAGAGCAGCAGCAGCAAGACACCCUCAUUGCAAGCCGCAAGCUGCGCACAACAAUUAGAAGCAGCAGCAGUAACGCUCGCUGCAGCAGCAGCGGCAGCAGCAGCAGCAGCAGGAAAAGCUGCAGCGCGUCAGCAGCAACAUGUGAAGGUGGCUUGGCCUCCAGCAAGCUCGCUCAGGCCGAGUCUGCUGCUGCUGCUCCUGUUGCUGCUGCUGCUCCUGUUGCUGCUGCUGGUCCUGUUGCUGCUGCUGCUGCUGCUGCUGCUCGACUGCGCAGCAGCAGCUGCAGCAGCCCUAUUGUGUCUCCGCUGACUCUUCCAGCAAGUGUCGAAGCCUUCUCAGGAAGCAGCAGCAGCAAAGCAACAGCUAGGCAAACGCCUCGCAGCCCACGCUCAGCAGCAGAAGCAGCAGCAGGAGCAGCAACUGCAGCAGCAGCAGCAAAACGACUGUCUGCCCAGAAGGCGCUGUGCGUCAAGGGCCGCUGCGGCCGCUGCGGAGGCCUAUCCCUAGAUGCAGCGCAGCAGCAGCAGCAGCAGCAGCAGCAGCAGCAGCAAGAGGUGAAGACUGCGAGAUGGCCCUCAGGAGGCCCUGCCUUAGAGAAGCAGCAAGCAUGCACUAGCGGCAGGAGCAGCAGCAAUAGCAGCAGCAGCAGCAGCAGCAGCAGCAGUGACAGUGGCAAAGCUGCUGAACAGAUACCGGCGCUUUGUCGCCCUCAGCAGCAGCAGCAGCAGCAGCAGCAGCAGCGGCUGGAGCAGUUCGUCCAAGAGCAUCAGCUGCUGCUGCAGCAGCAGCGAGGCCUUGAAUAUCGUGAAAUCGAGCAGCAGCAGCGGCUGCAGCAGCUGCAGCAGCAGCUUCACCAGCAGCAAGAAAGGACAGUGUCCCUUACCUCCUCUUUAUGCGAAUCAGAGGCGCAGCAGCUACAGGAACUGCAGCAGCAGCAGCAAAAGCUGCUGCAGCUGCAGCAGCAGCUGCACCAGUCGACCUCUACAGAUCAUCUCAGCAGCGCUGACAAGGCAGCAGCAGCAGCAGCAGUUCCUCCUCUGCAGCUGCAGCAGCAGCUGCAGCAGCAUCCCAACAUGCAGCAGAUGCAGCAGCAGGUCCAGCAGCAACUGCAAACGAAUGAACGGCAGCAGCUGCAGCAGCAGCAGCUACAGAAGCAACAGCAGCAGCAACGAGCCGUGCUUCUUAAACAGCUUGCUGCAGCAGAGCCAAUGCAGCCCUCGCAGCUGCCUGCUCCCCCCGGCAUGGGCAACAGCAGCAAUAGCUGCAGCAGCAGCAGCUUCAGCAGCAGCAGCAGCAGUAGCUGCAGCAGCAGCCGGCAGCAAAGUGCUGCGUCUCUUGAAGCAGCAGCUUUUGCAGCCGGUGCACCCCGUGGUGUUUCUGCAGCGGGAAGGAGCUUCUGUCAGCUGCAGCUUCAGCAGCAGCAGCAGCAGCGGCAGCAGCAGCAGCUGCUGCAGCAGCAGCGGCCACUUAAACUCGGUGAGGCGCAGCGCCUUCGCUUGCUGCAGCAGCAACCGCUACCAGAACUCAGCCGGUUCGAAAGGCAACAAACUCAGCCGCAGCAGCAGCAGCAGCAGCGGCAGCAGCAGCAGCAGCAGCAGCAGCAGCAGCAGCAGAGGGCAACCCUCGUGAGGAGACAGCGCAGCUUCUCUUCUCGCGAAGCAUCUAUUUCGCGGUAUAUAUCAAUGGAGGCUUCGGAGCAGCAGCAGCAGCAGCAGCAGCAGAAGCAGGGGCUGCCGCAACAGAGCAGCAAGCAACUCCAGACGCGGGAGCAGAUUAGGCAGCUGCUGCAGCAGCAGCAGCUACAAGUGCUGCAGCACCAAGCAGCUGCGCAGCAGCUGCCCAGUAUCCCCCAACAGAUCUCCGUGCAGCAGCAGCAGCAGCCAACGCUGCAGCAGAAAGUACAGCAGCAGCAGCAGCAGCAGCUGUUGCUGGAGAGGACGCAGCUGCUUGCCAGGGCGCAGCAGCCAACUCAGCAGUGGGGCUCGCUGAGGGAGCAGCAACUGUUGCAGCAGCAGCAGCAGGCGCAGCAGCAGCAGGCGCAGCAGCAGCAGGCGCAGCAGCAGCAGGCGCAGCAGCAGCAAAUGCUGCAGAGCAGCUGGGCAGCUGCUGCACCCAGCACACCCCAAGACGCCCGCUACGGCUGCUUCCCCUUGCAGCAGCAGCAGCAGCAGCAGCCAGCUUUGCUGCGAACCAUGAGGCAGCAGCAGCAGCACCCACAGUCGAUGCAGCAGCAGCAGCAGCAGCAACUAGGGCGCCACUACACGCAUACAGUGCAGCUGCAGCAACAGCUCCCGCCGCCGCAGCAGCAGCAGCUAGGGCACCAUAACAUGCAGCCACUGAACCAGCAGCAGCAGCAGCAGCAGUUGCUGCUGCAGCAGCAGCAGCAGCAGCAGCACUGCACGCCUGUACAGCCUCGCCAUUACCUCUCGCCACUUCAGCAGCAACCCUGGGCAAGGCAGCAGCAGCCCUUCCUGCAGCAGCAGCAGCAGCCGUUCCUGCAGCAGCAGCAGCAGCCGUUCCUGCAGCAGCAGCAGCAGCAGCAGCAGCGGGUCCUGCACAGCAGGUCACUUGUUUUAGAGGAGAGGCAGCCAGUGCGGAAGACCUUAUCUCUUGUAACUGACUGCUACAGGCCUGCUGCUGGCGAAGCAGCAGCUGCUACAGCAGCAGCAGCAGCAACUGCAGCAGCAACGGAAAUCAACAACUGUGGGUACUGGCAGCAGCAAUUGCAGCAGCAGGAAAGGCACAUGCUGCAGCAGCAGCAGCAGCAGCCAUCAGCAGCACACAACUAUCCCCCGGGACGAGGCGCCCCUCUUAUUCUGUCCUUGCCACAGCAGCUGCAGCAGCAGCAGGAGCUGCAGCAGCAACUGCUGCUGCAGCAACAGCAGCAAGCGCAGCAGCAGCAGCUCCUCACGCAAACGCUUAGACCGCAGCUGCAGCAGCAACCGCCUCCCUACUAUCUGCAGCAGCAGCAGCAGCAGCAGCCACAACCGGCAACAGCAGCGCCUCACUUUGUAGUAAACUAA